GAACCCAAAUCGAUUGACAAACGGUCGAAAUAUUUAUUAUGAUACACUUGUUCAAAAAUCUUAAAAAGUUUAGAAGUAUGACUCAUAAGUACUCUUCGAGAGAUAUCUCGGUAACCAAACGUCCAAUCGAAAAAAAAAUUCAAUAGCGUUCUACUAGGAUGUAGUAGCUUUCAUUUGCUUCCAAGAGAACUCAAAUCGGUUGACAGACGGCUGAGAAACGUGCGUGACUUUUUUUUGUAACGCACAUACACACACACACACACAUACACACAUACACACACACACACAUACAGACAUUUGCUCAGUUCGUCGAGCUGAGUUCAUUGGUAUAUGAGACUCGGCCCUCCGGGCCUCGGAUCGAAAGUCGGUUUUUCGAGCGAUAUUUAUACCCUUCUUAUGGGUGUAAGAAGGGUAAAAACCAUUCAUAAAGCAAGAGUACGAACCAAAGUUUCGAGUGAUUCAUCCCGUGGCGUGAGUAAAUCCUGUCGUGAUUUUGUGUGAAAACCUGCAAAAAGAAUCGUGAUGACCACCAAGAGUGUUCUCCAGUCGGUUCGUGAGGACGACUUCGUCGAGUACUGGCUGUUCCCGACCGGUUUGGAUCGGAAGGAUGUGUCGCUGGAAAACUGUGAAACCCAGCUCGAGGAAGUGCGAGCCGAGGUCAACAAACUGGCCGAGGAUUACUGUCGGCGCUACAUUUGGCACCGGGAAGGGUUCAAGGUCACCGUCCGGAAGGGCGGUCGCGUGCAGCGGCUGUUGCUCGAAGCCAGCGACCGACAGGAAGAACCGGAAGCCGAGCUGCCGCCACAUCUGUACGGCAUCACACAUUACGGUGACAAUGUGCAAGACGAAUGGUUCAUAGUUUCGCUGCUGUUCCAUCUGACGCGCCGAAUUCACGGUCUGUUGGCCCGAGUCAUCGAUGCCGAUGGGGAAUUUCUGUUGAUCGAAGCCGCAGAGCAUUUACCACGGUGGGCCAACCCGGAACGCUGCGAGGGUCGUGUUUUUAUCUGCGAUGGAGCUCUGUAUCUCGUUGGAACCGAAGACCAGAAGGAUGCCUAUCCGGUGGAACGGGUCAUUCGCGAACUUGAACCGGAAACGCGUUCCAAGUGGGCUGUUUCCAAGGAGAUUAAAUCCUGCCUCGAUGAACGAAUCAAGGAUUUCCCGGAUAAAAUCGAAGAAAGCCAUCACAGAGCGAAUCUCUUUGUUCCCGUUGGAGUGGCGGCCGCGUUAAAGGAAAAUCCCCAACUGGUAUCGGCUGCCGUCCUGGCAUUCUGUAAUCGUGACCCGAUCGAUCUAAAAGCAUGCCGGGCAAUGAGGUUCUUCCCACCGGAGAACUGUGUCUACACCAGUGCUGUGUUCACCCGAUGUCUCUAUGCAAUGCUGAUGCAUAGCAACUAUCUUCCAGAUCGGAGAACCGGCUGGAGCAUACCGCUGGCCAGUGAUCCGAACUACAAGGCGCACAUGUUGGGCCUGAAACUUGCCUGUGGAUUUGAAAUUCUGGCAUCGCAAGCCAAGUCGCAGUCCCAGUCGCUGGAAACGGACAAAGGCUGGCAGAGCUACUUUGAGUCGUUGAAAGCGAAAGGAUACUUCCAGGACAACAUCACCGGAUCUCAGGAACAUACCCGUCUUCUCAAAAUAGCGCAAGAAUACUAUCAAGAAAAUCGCGAUUCCAUGAAGUUCACACCCAAAAUCGGCGAAGAAAUUGUAUCCAUCCUGAAAAGAAACGAUUUCGACGUGGAGGAUCUCCGUCAGCAAGGUCAAAACCUUCCCGCGCCGGAUGAUGACAGUUGGAUUAACAUAUCGCCAGAGGAACUGGAUCAGAUGCUGACCGAACGGUACGGAACUCGGAAGCUUUUCUCCAUGAACGGUAACGCUAGUCCGGAAGCUUUCACGAGCAUGGUUACCGAUUUUCUUGAACAAAAAAGUGAAUUUGACGGAGUGGAUCAGGACGCAGCAGUGGCUCAGCUUGAUUUGGGAGCGUUCAAACCGGUUAAGCCCAAGCGUACCAAGAGCAAGGCCAAAGCGGAUCUGGAGAACAAUCUACCUCAGCCUGCGCCACUGCAUCAGCCAAUCGAUUUCGAUCCGGAUGCUUUCGGGGCUCACGUAAAGCACAUGUUGGAUCUGGUGAUUCCGGAAGAUCGGUGGGAUUCCUCGGAUGAUUCGGACAUGAGCGACUACGACGAAGAUGCCUACGAUCAGAACAUCGAAGAUAUGGCCACAUCCCGAAAGGCGGCGAAGGGCGCCAAGAACGAGCUGCAGUCGUACAUGGACCAAAUGGAUCGGGAAUUGGCCAAGACCACGAUUGGCAAGAGCUUCGAGACGGAUCUAAGUGAACCUGGUCAGGGCGAGGGUGAUGAGGCCAGACGGCAAUCGGAUGUGGACGAUUUUGACGACAUCGAAAGCUUCAAACCGGUCAACAUCGAUGUGAACGUACUGAAGAAUAUGAUGGAGAGUUACCAGUCGCAGAUCGGUGGUCCGGGACCGGCGGCGAACCUGCUCGGAUCGAUGGGUGUUCAUCUGUCGAGGACUGCCGCCAAUGGGCCGUCGAAAUCCAAAUCAGGAAACACGAAGCAAACCGACGUUUGAAUGAUGACGUUCUAGUGCCAUGGUGUUAAACUUUGCUUCCGCCUGACGUUUUUCUCUCUCCUAUUGCAAGCGGCAAUCAGUUUUAUUUUUUUCUAGUUAGAUAAAAUACGAAACGUAUCAUAGUUUUAGAAUGUCUGUCGAUCCGGUUUGAGCAUCGAUUUCCCUCUCCUCCCAAUGAUUCCUACUGAACCUCAGCAUAGUUAGUGUUAGAUACUUAAUGUAGUGCACAAAAAAAAACAGUAUCAGAGACCGACCAAUCAACCGCGUUUCCAACCUACCUACUCGAUACGAUUGAAUGUAUUUUAGGCACGUACUAUUUAGCACCUUAGGAGAAUUGUGAAGGCCAUAUGAACAGCAGCUUAUUUUCAUAUUGUUAGUUGGAAUGAAUCUGUUUGAGAAUUUAAAAGAUAGAAUUUUAAACAACCAGAUAGUCACCACACAUCAGAGCUAGGCAGAAGAAACGUGAUGCAUUUUUACCUUAUCCGUAUGUUAUUUUUAAUAUAUUUGCUUAAAAGUCUUCUGAUAAGGCUUGUUGACGCGCA